GGGGUUUGAGCCUUCGCUCUGGUUUUUGGCCCCUUGCCGUUCGGCUCUCCUCUCCGAAGCCGCCACUACACCAUUCCCCGGCUCAGAGAUGAGGUCGCUAGCGAUCGCCAACCCGUGCGCCUCCUCCGCCCUCCGCCGCUCAUCUCCGCUCUGCUCCGAAGAUCCCUCUUCGCCGCCUCUUCUUCCCAUCAGCUGUGCUCUUUUGCAAAGUCGCAGUGGCGGAAAACCCGGAGGUUGGCAUUUUGGCGGUGCUCUGAGGAUAGAUUGUGCUUCUCGAAGCAUAAGAAAGGAUGGAUCCAAUAACCAUAUCUUCGCUUCUAUUUCAGAUGUUUUGGUUGAACAGUCUGUUGAAAAUGCUCAUUUUCCUAGAGGUGACAUGUGGUCUGUCCAUAAAUUUGGUGGGACAUGUAUGGGCACCUCCAAAAGAAUUCAGAAUGUUGCAGACAUAGUCCUGAAUGAUUCAUCAGAGAGAAAGUUGGUUGUAGUUUCUGCAAUGUCAAAAGUGACAGACAUGAUGUAUGACCUUGUAUACAAGGCUCAGUCAAGGGAUGACUCUUACGUGUCAGCAAUUGAUAAUGUUUUUGAAAAGCACAUGUUAGCAGCAAAGGACCUCCUUGAUGGAGAGGAUCUCGCUAGAUUCUUAUCUCAGUUGCAAUUUGACAUCAGUAACCUAAAAGCAAUGCUUCGUGCCAUUUACAUAGCUGGUCAUGCUACGGAAUCCUUUUCUGACUUUGUUGUUGGUCAUGGAGAGCUAUGGUCUGCUCAGAUGUUGUCAUAUGCUAUAAAGAAGUCUGGAAGGCCUUGCAGUUGGAUGGAUACACGGGAUGUCCUUAUUGUUAAUCCCACUAGUUCUAAUCAAGUGGAUCCUGACUAUUUAGAAUCUGAGAAGAGACUUGAGAAGUGGUUUGCACAAUGUCCAGCUGAUACAAUAAUUGCCACUGGCUUCAUUGCCAGUACACCCCAAAAUAUUCCCACAACUUUGAAAAGAGAUGGCAGCGAUUUCUCAGCAGCCAUACUGGGUGCGCUUGUAAGGGCUCGCCAAGUCACUAUCUGGACUGAUGUUAAUGGUGUAUUCAGUGCAGAUCCUCGAAAAGUUAGUGAGGCUGUGAUAUUGAGAACAUUGUCUUAUCAGGAGGCCUGGGAAAUGUCCUAUUUUGGGGCAAAUGUUUUGCAUCCACGAACCAUCAUUCCAGUAAUGAAGCAUAACAUUCCCAUUGUGAUUAGAAAUAUUUUCAAUCUUUCUGCUCCUGGAACAAUGAUUUGCCAACCACCUGUGAAUGAAAAUGGUGAUAAAAAGAGCUUGGAGUCUGUUGUCAAAGCAUUUGCUACGAUAGAUAAUUUGGCUCUUGUUAAUGUUGAGGGAAGUGGAAUGGCUGGUGUUCCUGGUACAGCCAGUGGUAUCUUUGGUACUGUGAAAGAUGUAGGAGCUAACGUUAUCAUGAUAUCUCAGGCUAGCAGCGAGCAUUCCAUUUGUUUUGCUGUGCCCGAAAAGGAAGUCACAGCCGUUUCUGCAGCCUUACAAUCUAGAUUCCGCCAAGCUUUGGAUGCUGGGAGGCUGUCUCGGGUCGAGGUUAUUCCAGAUUGUAGCAUUUUGGCUGCAGUUGGCCAGAGAAUGGCAAGUACUCCUGGAGUUAGUGCAACUCUUUUUGAUGCACUGGCAAAGGCACACAUAAAUGUACGCGCUAUAGCUCAAGGUUGCAGUGAGUACAAUAUUACUGUGGUGCUGAAGCAAGAAGAUUGUGUGAGGGCGCUAAGGGCUGUUCAUUCAAGAUUCUACCUCUCUAAAACAACAUUAGCUGUGGGCAUCAUUGGACCAGGCUUGAUAGGAGGCACACUGCUUGACCAGCUAAGGGAUCAGGCAGCACAUCUAAAAGAAAAGUUUAACAUUGAUUUGCGGGUUAUGGGAAUCACCGGCUUAAGGACAAUGGUUUUGAGUGACAUAGGAAUAGAUUUAACCAGAUGGAGAGAAUUUUAUAAAGAGAAAUCAGAAGCAGCUAACCUAGACAAAUUUGCUCAGCAUGUGCAUGAAAAUCAUUUUUUCCCAAAUACAGUUCUGGUGGAUUGCACAGCAGAUACAAAUAUUGCAAGCCGUUACUAUGAUUGGUUACGCAAAGGAAUUCAUGUUAUUACACCAAACAAAAAGGCAAAUUCAGGACCACUUGAUCAGUACCUGAAGUUGAGGAAACUACAACGGCUCUCUUAUACACACUAUUUCUAUGAAGCAACUGUUGGUGCUGGUCUCCCAAUCAUUAGCACUUUGCGGGGACUCCUUGAAACUGGUGAUAAGAUUUUGCAUAUUGAGGGCAUUUUCAGUGGAACUUUGAGUUAUAUUUUCAACAAUUUCAAAGGAACACGAUCUUUCAGUGAAGUGGUGGCUGAAGCAAAGGUGGCUGGAUAUACAGAGCCUGACCCAAGAGAUGAUCUAUCUGGAACAGAUGUUGCUAGAAAGGUCAUUAUCCUUGCAAGAGAGUCAGGUUUAAAGCUUGAGCUAUCUGACAUACCUGUCCAAAGCCUUGUACCAGAGCCAUUAAGAGCAUGUUCGUCAGCUGAGGAAUUCAUGCAGAAACUUCCAAACUUUGAUGAGGAUAGGACAAAGGAACUAAAUGAUGCUGAGGCUGCAGGAGAGGUGGUGAGGUAUGUUGGGGUUGUGGAUAUGGUUAAUGAGAAAGGAAUGGUGGAGCUAAGGAGAUACAAGAGGGAGCACCCAUUUGCACAGCUAUCAGGCUCUGAUAAUAUCAUAGCUUUCACCACCACGAGAUACAACAACCAGCCCCUGAUUGUCCGUGGACCAGGUGCUGGUGCAGAAGUUACAGCUGGUGGAGUUUUCAGUGAUAUAUUGCGGUUGGCUUCGUAUCUAGGUGCUCCAUCAUAAGAACCUUGUUGUGAUCUUAUGAACAUUUUUCAUGUUCUUUCCGAGGUGCUUCACUAUGUUAUUUAAAAUAUGAAGUAAUCAAAGCAUGCACAAGGUCAUAAUGUUCUAAUUUAUACUUUAUCUACAUUAAUUUAUGCAGUGAAUGGAAAAUUUCCUGUUGAAAUAUGUAA